ACGUUAUUACGUUAGUCUAAAAUCGAUCCACGGCGCGCGAUGAUGUGCGCACGCGCCGGCUGGUAGAAAACGCGUGUUUUUUGUUUAAUUUACGUCGAAAUUACAGCAAAAUGUUACUCAAAUGUGUCAUAAUUGUCGUGACAGUCAGUGUUUUGACAGACUACAUCAUUGUUGCAGACACAGUACCACCAGUACCACCAAUCGUAUCAGGUAACAAAGUCAAUGGUACCAUUACAGCUCCUAAUGCAACGAGCCAAGCAGGUGCUGCAGCCAAUGGCACAACUUCUACCAACCAGUUACUCCAGAAUAAUACCAGUAACGACGUCAAUGCUACCACUUUAGCUCCUAAUGCAACGAACCAAGCAGGUGCUGCAGGCAACGACACAACUACUAACAACCAGUCACCCCAGAAUAAUAUAAAUAACAUCGUCAAUGGUACCACUUCACUUAAUGCAACGAGCCAAGCAGGUGGUGCAGCCCAGUCACUCCAGAAUAAUACUAGCAAAAACGUUAAUGGCACCAAUACAGCUUCUAACGCACCGAGCCAAGCAGGUGGUGCAGACAACGGCACAAUUACCAACAACCAGAAUAAUAACAGUAAGAACGUCAAUGGUACCAAUAAUGCUCCUGAUGCAACGAACGGACCAAUUAAUAACAGUCCAUCACUCCAGAACAAUACAAAAGUAAAUAACCCAGACAAUGAAGGUGGCCAUCAGAACUCAACCGCUAAUGAUCCAGCCCCUACAGCAAAUGGUGCUAGUGCUCCUACGCCAGGAUUGAAUAAUUCAAAUGGGCCAGUCGUCUUAAAUAAUACCGUCGGAAAUACGAAUGCAUCUAACGUCGCCCCACCAUCGCCCCAUUCAUCUCCGAAUCAUCCGAAUUCGACAGCUAAAAAUGCAGACGCUACAAGUGGAACAAAUGAAAAUAAAAAUGCGAAAAGUGAAUCAAGUGAAAUAAAGCAGCCGCAAGUCGUUAAUGAUGGUGGAACAAAUGAAAAUAAAAAUGCGAAAAGUGAAUCAAGUGAAAUAAAGCAGCCGCAAGUUGUUAAUGAUGGUGUUCCAAAGUGGAAGCCGAUCCUCAUCACCGCAGCCGUGGUGAUCCUCGGCAGUUGUUUGGUGCUCUUCGUGAGGAGAUCCCUGAGGAGCGAGCGAGGCCGGGUGUGGUGGCAGCGAAUGAGACGGCAAGCCAACAUGCCAUGCAGGGACUAUGAAGUGCAGUACUUGGUGAUUAGGAACGAUGAUGAAGAGUGAUGUGGACAUUGGUAGAGGAUAGCCGUGUGGUCCCGGCAUGAAUGGGACCACACCAUAGAUCACAGAAACUAAAGGGAUAUGUUUUUUUUUUUUUUUAUGUGACAGGAGGCAAACGAGCAGACGGAUCACCUGAUGGUAAGUGAUUACCGUCGCCCAUAGACACCCGCAGACCCUAGACCGAUGUGAAAAGGGGGCUAGUGUCGCAGCAAUAUGCCCAAAAACAGAACACAUUGCUCGUGACAGCAAUGAUGACAGCAGCGACAUCAAUGUAAACAGUUUACAUUGCUUGCGUAGUACUAAAGAUUAUUCGAACGUUGAGUACUGAUACCGCAGUGGAUAAUGAGCACAUAAUAAUAUUUGGAUUACUUUGUGUGUGUGAAUUUCUAAUGCGACGAGUUUCGAACUCAGCGCAUUAGUUGGCAUCUCUCUAUAUUUCUAUGGACCACACCUAUUUAAUUUUAUCCCUCGAAUGUCUAAGAGGUGACUAAGGGAGAACUAUGCUAACAUCAAGCCUGUUCAAUCCGUCUGGUCAUUUUGGGGAGUCUAGUGCUUCGGCAGAGUAGGACCACGCCCUCUCUUCCCAUGGAUUUAAUAGCUGACUGAAGGUAGAAUUUGUGAACAUCAGACCUCCCAAACCUGUCUGGUCAGUGUGGGGAGGGUAGGCUAAAUAAACCUUAAGUUUAAACAUUGCUGGAGACAGUGUGGUUUUGGCAGAAUUGAUUAGACCACCUCCACUCUUCCCGUGGAUGUCGUAACAGACUAACAGAGAGACAUGUGAAGAUCAGGUCUCCACUAUCCGUUGUUCAGGGGAGUGUAGGCCAAAUCCUCAAUUUGUCUCUGAUGAAUUGGAGAUACCACACCCACUCUUUCCUCGGAUGUUGUAAGAAGCGACUGAGGGAGAAACAUGUGAAAACCAAGCCUCCUCAACCCGACUGGUCAGUGUGGGGAGUGUCGGUCCAAUCCAUCAGUUACCUCUGGUAAAUUGGAGAGUCGUGUUUCUGCAGUGAGACCUGGACAAUAAAUGACCUGAUGACGAUUGCUGGAGGACAUAAUCCUCCUACACUCAGUGUGAAUUGCUGGAUCAUUUUCUGUGCAUUACGUUUGUGGUUGAAGAGUUAAGUGAGGCUGCAAAAUAAUACGUUUUGACUGACUAUAGUGACUAUGAAUAUGGCUGGCCAUAAUAGAAACACAUUAUUAUGUAACCUGUAUGUAGGUAAUACUACUUUUAUGUAUAAGAUACUUAAUGUAGAACUAGGCAUUAGAAUGUAAGUUAUAAAGAUAGAAGUUCCUGUAGAUCCUAGCUACACAGAACUUCACUGGAUUGUUGUAUGUUUUAGCUUGAGAGAAUUUAGUACGCUUUUCAAUAAAUUCAAUCUCUAUUUGGUUGUGUUGUAUCAGUCUGUCUCCCGUAUUCACAAACGAUGCUUGCUUAAAUAAAGCAGUUGAACAGAGCUCUGUGAUUGGUUUGUGUGUCACCCUGUGCGUCCACGCGCACUGUGAGACCUCAUAGUAAUGUUUGUGAAUACGGGCGUAAUAUCGUUCACUCCAUUUGUGUUGUGCUAUGACUCAUGUGAACCGCGCCAAAAGAAAUCAACGGUUUUGUUUAGAU